GAUGGCUCCUAAAGUUAAAUGAGCUUGGUUGCAUCGCUAGUCUUUUUUUUAUUACUGAAAAGUUUUAAUACAAUUAUUAUUAUUGUUUAAAAACAGUUCAUAUCUAAGAAGCUAACCAGCAUGGAGGUGGAAACAGAUGUGUUAGCUGCAGUUUCUUCUACUGUAGAAGUACAGUCAAAUGAAUUAUCAGAGUUUUCAUCUUCUGAAGAUUUGAAACCAGAUCUAUCGGCCAUAUUUCCAUCUUCUGCUAGCAUCAAAACAGAAUUAUUGUCAUUUUUUCAUUCUCAGAAUAUAAAACCUGACAUGACAUUUAAAACCACUCAAGAUGUUAAACCUGAUGUUACACCAGACUUUUCUUCUUCUGCUGGCAUCAAAACAGAAUUAUUGGCGUUUAUUAAUUUCCAGGAUAUAAAACCUAACAUGUCAUUUAAAACUUCUCAAGAUGUUAAACCUGAUGUUAAUUCAGAAUUUACUUCUUCUAAUGACAUAAAACCAGAAUUAUCAUUUUUUAAUGUUCAGGAUAUAAAACCUAACAUUUCAUUUAAUACUUCUCAAGAUGUUAAACCUGAAAUUACAUUUUCAAUUGAAAAAAUUAAUAAGAAACCUGCUGCAUCAGCAGUAUUUUCAAGAUCUAAAAAUUUAAAACCAGAAUUAUUACCUACUGAAAAUUUAAAACAAGAGUUCACAAGAGAAUUUUUAUUUUUUGAGGAUAAACAAGAAAAUGGACUUGAAGAAAAUCUACAAUUGUCUAGGGACAACGAAAAUAAAAUUGUUUACUAUCAUGAAACAUUUUCUCAAAGUUCUAAAAGUAAUAUGCAUAAAAAUGUUCAUUCUGAAGAUAAGCCAUGGGAGUGUGAGUUUUGUCUUAAAAGGUUUUAUCAAAGUUCUCAUUUAAAAAAUCAUAAAAAGAUUCAUUCAGGAGAUAAACCACAUGAAUGUUAUGUUUGUCAUGAAAAGUUUUCUGCAACUUAUUUAAGAACACAUAAAAAGAUUCAUUCAGGAGAUAAACCACAUGAAUGUUAUGUUUGUCAUGAAAAGUUUUCUACAAGUUCUGAUUUAAAAAAACAUAAAAAGAUUCAUUCAGGAGAUAAAACACAUGAAUGUUAUGUUUGUCAUAAAAAGUUUUCUACAAGUUCUGAUUUUAAAAAACAUAAAAAUGUUCAUUCUGGAGAUAAGCCACAUGAAUGUGAUGUUUGUCAUAAAAGGUUUUCUACAAGUUCUCUUUUAAAAAAACAUAAAAAUGUUCAUUCUGGAGAUAAGCCAUAUGAAUGUGAGGUUUGUCAUAAAAGGUUUUCUAGAAAUGCUGAUUUAAAAAAACAUAAAAAUGUUCAUUCUGGAGAUAAGCCAUAUGAAUGUGAUGUUUGUCAUAAAAGGUUUUCUCAAAGUUCUAACUUAAAUUACCAUAAAAAGAUUCAUUCAGGAAAAAGACCACAUGAAUGUGAUGUUUGUCAUAAAAACUUUGUGGAAAAGAAUAGUCUAUUACAACAUAAAAAUGUUCAUUCGGGAGAUAAGCCAUAUAAAUGUAAUGUUUGUCUUCAAAGAUUUCAAUAUAGGUCUUAUUUAAGUAGACAUAAAAAGAUUCAUUCAGGAGAAAAGGCAUAUAAUUGUGAUGUUUGUCAUAAAAUCUUUGCAGAUGAGAAUGGUCUAUUGCGACAUAACAAAGUUCAUUCAUUAGAAAGGCUACAUGAAUGUGAUGUUUGUCAUAAAAGGUUUUCUCAAAUUUCUAAUUUAAGAACACAUAAAAAGAUUCAUUCUGAUGAAAGGCCACAUGAAUUGUGAUGUUUGUCCUAUAAGGUUUGCUUAGAAAUGUGAUUUAUUAAGAGAUAAUAUUGUUCUUUUGGGAAAAAGGCCAUAUGAAUUUGAUGUUUGUCCUAAAUCAUUUACUCAGAAUAGUUAUUUAACUACACAUAAAAAACUUUUUUUGGCUAUAAAAAUUGUUCUCAACUUCUUAUUUAACCAUUAAUGACUCAUUCAUUCUACCAAAACACCACCCUUGAUGUCCCAAUGUAAGGAGCAUAACUCUGUAUGAACAAGUGAACACUUUCACAAAAUAUUCCUUUUUGUUUAAAUGAAACUAAUAAUUAAGAUACAAACUUCUGCUUAAUGUUAAAAUUAUAUCUGGCUUUCUAACAGUAUUAAAUAGAAUAUAAUAUAUUUGGUUGAAGUACAGAAUAAAAAAUAUAAAAAAUGUCAGAGAAAUUCCAAAAUAGUUAAAAUAUAGAUCAUUUUGGGUAGUCAACUUUAUUUUUGUCGAAACAACUAUACAUCGAAUUUAACAGUUGAACAUCAAUUUGUUUAUGUUUAAUAUAUAUCAUUCGUAAAAUACAUGCCUAGAUUUGUUUUUAAGCUUGUUUUUAUUUGAUUUUUAAUUUAAAAUCAACUGAAAAUGGGACAAAUGCGUCUAGAAUUUUGGGAUGGAAAGAGACUAAUAUUAUGAAUCUUUCAAAAUUGCCAUUGAUAUUAGUAAACAGGACAAAAUAUGCUGAAACUAUCCAACAUCCUGUUUAGAUAAAAAUUAGGAUUUUUAGGCCAAAUCUUUAUAAAACAAAUUUAAGUUUUCUAUGCGUAUUGUAUGCAGGCGUUACGGGCCAUCAUGUGUAGCGGGCGGCAGCGGGCGUUAUGGGUCAUAUAAAAAAGUUCAUUCUGGAGACAAGCUACAUGAAUGUGCUAUUUGUCAUUAAAGAUUUUCUAGAAGUCGUAGUCUAAAUGAUAUUUUUCACAAAAGCUUUUCUCAAAUAUCUAAUUUAAAUACUCUAAAAAAAUUCAUUCUAUAAGUAAGAUGGAGGAAUGUGAUGUUGGUAAGGAAAUGUUUUCUUUUAAAUUUACUUUAUAUUGUCAAAAAAAAUUAUCAUGACUUAAAACCAAUUUAAUUUCAUUUUUUAACUUAAAAACAAUCAAUAUCUAUAGCAAAUUAUUACUUUUAAAUUUCUUAUUAAUUUUUUUGUCUGCACAUAACUUUAACAAGCGGUUAACCAAUUGUGGGUCAUAGUUAAUACGUUUUUAAUUUUGUAUUAUGAAAAGGUUCUUUUGUCAAAGAGUAUACCUCGGCAAUUUUUAUACAUACUGUAAAAAAAAAUUUAUUCUAUUAUGUCAGCUGUUUGUACAUUUUUUUUCUUUAUCUAUCCUACUUCUUUUUGUGUUAUUUGUAAAUAUGAAUGAAAGAAGAAAUAAGCCAUCACUUUAGAAACCCAGGGUUUUAUUUUUAACCCGCAUGGUUUUGUUCAGGCCACACAGUUAAUUUGCCAAUUCUUUUCAAAUUUUAUAAAAUUGACAAUGCACAUUCAUUGGGACAAGGGAGUUUACCAAUACUGAUCAAACCAAUUACACAUUAACAAUAACAAAAGCUAACUAAAAUAAAAUACGCUGUUCAACUUCAAUGUAUUAUUUACAUUUACAAUAUAAGUACUGUAACACAAUUCUCAAACAUAAUUUUACACAUUUACACUACUCACAAACAGCCCAGUAAGACAUACAGCGACAUGACAGAAUAUCAGGUUAACAGUUAAUACAACCUAAAUUAGACAAGUACAAUGACAUCGGGCAAUGGCAUCUGGCCAACAGGUAUAGUGACAUCACAACUUCUGAGCAGACAAAAUAUUUUUUUGCAAAAACUUUUUCAUCUUUUGCUAAAUGUACUUAAUAAUUAUAUUGAGAGGUAUAGAAUCUCAAAUCAUAUGAUCAAACUUUAUUGUCUGCAAUGUAUAACUCAGACAGACCAUAUGUAAAAACGUCCUCCCCCUCCCCACUAUUUACAUGUCUUAUGGAACUAACCCCAAGUUUCAUGUUGCUCCAACCAUUGCUAAGGCUUAUGGUCACUGCCUUACUUUUGCUAGAUGAAUGGUUUUUUUUUUAAUUUUAUUAAAUUAAAUGCAUUUGUUACAUGUUAUAUAUAGAUUUUAUCUUUCUGCACUCCUUCUCAAUAUGAACUUUAUGCCAAAGCUCAGACACCUCUCUGCAUGCUAUGUGAUUUAGGCUAUACAAUUUAAAGAUUAACCACACAUUUCAAUGUCAUAAAUUAACAUUUAAUUUUUUACAAAAACAGCAUAAAAAUUAUAAGUUUGAAGAAAAGAAAGACUAAAGCUGCAAUUGUUGCAUUUUGGUAUCUUAGUUUCAACAUAAUGUAAUUUUUGGCUAGUUGUUAUUUAAUUUUGUAUUCCGUACUAUUA